CAAUUGGGCAUAUGUAUUAUGUAUAUAAGUAAGCUGUGUAUGUGUGUCUAUUAUUAUCUAACUAGUUCAGAUUCUUCUUCCUCUCUUUCUUCUUUUCUCUUCACCACUCUCACAACAUUCUCUCUUUCUCUUCAUACAUCAAACAACAUGACUCGCUCCUCUAGAUUCCUCGGAUCGGCGACGGCGCCGCCACCACCGCAAGAAAUCCUCGCCGCAGAAACCGACAUGGUCAUUAUUCUCUCAGCUCUCCUCUGCGCUCUCAUAUGCGUAGCCGGCUUAGCCGCCGUAGCUCGCUGCGCCUGGCUCCGCCGUCUCACCGGCGUUAAUUCCGCCGCCGUUGGUGAAUCUCCGCCGCCGCCGAGCAAAGGUCUCAAGAAGAAAGCGCUCCAGUCUCUCCCCAAGUCAACCUUCGCCGCCGCAGACUCGCCGAGCACCUCCGCCGGAGACGGAGACUCAUCCACCGAGUGCGCCAUAUGCUUAACGGAGUUUACCGACGGAGAAGAGAUCAGGGUAUUACCGCUAUGUAGCCACGCCUUCCACGUGGCGUGCAUAGACAAAUGGUUGACUUCUCGGUCGUCGUGUCCUUCUUGCCGCCGGGUUUUGGUUCCGAUGAAGUGUGAUCGGUGUGGACACCACGCUUCCACGGCGGAGUCUCAGGCUAAAGACCACCAAGAUCGUUCACAGUUCACUCCCGUCAUUAUUCCUGCUUUUCUUCCUUAAAAAGUUCACUUUAUUUUAUAAUUAAGCGAAAUAUUAUCGGCAUGAUUAGAGAAAAGUAAAGUAUUCAUUAACUACGAAUUAGGAAUCUUUUUGUUUACUUUGAUCUUUGUCUGUUCCUCUUUGUAAAACUGUAACACUGUUCUGAACCUGAAUCAAUCAGAUGGAGUUUCUAAGUUCGAUA